UAUUUUAUUUGCUUGCAGGUGCAGUAAUUGUCGGAAGUGUGGAUGGGAACCGGAUAUGGGGCAAGGAGCUGAAGGGGCAACAUCUAAUGGGUGUUGAAUGGUCACCUGAUUCUUGCCUGCUUCUAUUUUCACUUCACAAUGGUGAAGUUCAUGUCUAUGAUAAUACUGGAGGGUUUGUUAGUCGGUUGAACAUCCAGUGCUUAGGAACCAUGGGCUUGGGGGCCAUGGUUGUUGGACUUACCUGGUACAAUGGACGUAAUGGCUAUGUUGAACCAGAUUGUCCUACAUUAGCCAUAUGUUAUGAUAAUGGAAGAAUGCAGAUAAUGCGUAAUGAGAGUGAUGAUGUGCCAGUGUUAAUAGACACUGGAAUGAGUGUUUGUGCAUGCCAGUGGAACCAUAAUGGAAGUGUUAUGGCUGUGGCUGGUACCCUUCAUCUCUCUACUGUGGGGGAGAAGGACUGCAAUGUUGUCCAGUUUUAUACUCCCUUUGGUGAGGUAAGACAUGUUCAAAACAAUCCACAAUAUUUCCUGUUUUUGAAGAAAUUUAUUUUGUAAUUGCUAAAACAAACAACCUUUUUAACUUUAAUGAAUUUGUAAAAAGGCUGUUUUAAGGCAGUGCUUCUGUUAACCCAUCAUUAGGGAUGUGAAGUUACAAGAUUCUAUUUUAUAUGAAUAUUAGUUAUGGGAAAACAGUAUUUUUGUUCAAGCUCGGAAUGCGACUUCAG